AUGCCAAGACUUUCUGCAGCAAAUAACCUUCAACUCCACGAGAUUCCACCUGAACUGUGUGAUCUAAACAUCUUGGAGAGACAUCUGAUAGCAAAGUGCAUACCGUUUGCUAAGAUCAUUCCUCUACCUAAAGGCAGACAAAGACUCAUACGUGGAAAUGUGGUUUGUGUUCCCUCAGAGGUCAAUGAGACAAUUAACAUGUUGCCUAGACUACGGUCCGAGUCUCAAGUUUUACGAGUAAAGCUGAAAAGACGUCUGUCUUAUAAAGGCCACCAGCUGUUUCAGUCUGUCACCUGGUCUAACCUUGUUCAAGCACUUCUCAAACUGAAGCAGGUCCAUCCCCAGUAUCAGGAUAUUACUAUCCGAGACGAAGCUGAACUCUGUGAUCCAACACUUCCUGAUGCAGACGAUGAUGAUGAUGAUGAUGAUGAUGUAAGCAUGGGAGAGGAUGACUAUGAUGAAGCUGAUUUAAUGGAGAUUGACAUGAUUGAGAAAGAUGCACUGUGUGAUGCAGAAAAUGAGCCUGAAAGUGAUCAGGACAUGCAGAGUGACACUGAACAGGAACACAGAGAUGAUGCAGAACCAGAUGAUCUACCAAAUGGAGGUUUUGCUAUAGAAUCGUGUCUUCAGCCUGUUGAUAUAUCAGAUGAGAUUCUCGGUUACACCGAUAGCAUCUACUGUGUUGCUCCAGCAGAAAGAAAUGAUCCAGUCAGCUUUUUUAAAACACCAAAACUUGAAGCCAUAGCGUUUCCCUGCCAAUUUCCUACUGGUCAGAACACCAUAGAUGAAGCUCGAGAAACAUAUGUCACACCUAGUGGAUAUUUCAAGUCCAGACUUUUCCACAUUGAUGAGCGGUUUGCUAGAGAUCCUAAUUAUCUGUUCUUUGCACAGUUUGUCACUGAAAUUCACUUGGCCAAUUCCAGCAUGAUGAACAUUGUCAAACACAACAGAGACAAGUACGAGAAACACAGUGAGGCCAUUGAAGAAGCACUGGAGGAGUUUGAGGAGAACAGAAACGUUGUGAUUGAUGAAUGGUGUAAUCUCGCUCCAGAAUCUGAAGUUGUGAGGUUGGAUUGUGAUGAAGACCUGCUGUCUGAUGCUGCAACAGAACUCAGUGCAAUCAGACAAGCCCCUGCCAUUGAUCCAAAUGUUCUCAGACAAAUGUAUCAGAACCUGAACCAGAAGCAGGCCUCUUUCGGGAUUGGUGGAACAACAUUGCAUUCUCUCCUUCGCUUGCCUCGCAGUUUAAAACCUCCCAUUCAAGGACUUGGCAAUAAACUGGAUGAAGUCAGAGCUGAACUGUACAAUGCUGAGAUCAUUAUCAUUGAUGAGAUUUCUAUGGUUUCCAAGCAGCUUUUCGCCUAUGUGGAUGCCAGACUGAAACAGAUCAAGGGUAAUAACAGACCUUUUGGAGGAAUGUCAGUCCUAGCUGUUGGAGAUUUUUAUCAGCUGCCACCAGUACGACAGUCUAAACCUCUCUGUGUGCACGACCCAUCUGAGAUUGACCUAUGGCAGGAACAUUUUCAGAUGAUCACCCUGACUGAGAUCAUGCGUCAGAAAGAUGAUGUUGCCUUUGCAGAAAUGCUGAACAGGAUUCGAGUGAAGGAGAAAGAUGAGGAACUGUCUGAGUCUGACAGAGAAUUGCUGACACAAGCCAUCACUAAACCAGAACUUUGUUCCACCGAUGUUCUGCACAUUUUCCCCACAAAUAAGUUGGUUGAAGAUCACAACUCAGCAACGCUGUCUCGGUUAUUUUCUGACAUCAUCACUAUUGAUGCAGACGACUUCCAGAAAGAUUCUCGAUCAGAAAGAAUGACACGGCAAGACAAACCCAGCAAAGGAGGACGCAAUGAUUUACCUGACACCUUGAAACUUGCGGAAGGAGCUCGUGUCAUGCUCACCAGAAACAUCGACAUACAGAAAGGAUUGGUGAAUGGUGCCUUUGGUACUCUGAUGAAGGUGAUUACUUCUGAGACGAAUCAACGCAUCACAAAGCUUGGGCUGAGAAUGGACAGUCAAACAGCUGGAAGACGUAGUGGACCUGCAGGAUCUGACGAUCUGGUUUACGUGGAGAGAGCAGAGGAUACUGUGAAACAGAAAGGAGUGGUACGUAGACAGUUCCCCGUAAAGCUGGCCUUUUCUUGUACCGUGCAUAAAACUCAAGGCUUAACGACACAUGCAGCUGUAGUUUCCUUGAAGAAGAUCUUUGAAGCAGGCAUGGCUUAUGUGGCUCUAAGCAGGGUGACUUCUCUCAGCGGACUCUAUCUGUUGGACUUGGAUGAGAAGAAAAUCUACGCCAACCCUGAAGUUACUGCAGCCAUCCAGACCAUGAGACAAGCCAGUGUGGAUGACAUGAUGCCUCUUCUUCCUCUGAGAGAAACCGGCUCCUUUGUUGCAGACACUCUUCAGCUGGAUGGAUUCACCUUGUACAAGCGUAACAGACAUGUGUCGUACACAAACCUUCCGCAGAUGGCCAGCAGAUGUGGCGGUGGAGUUGCUGUUUAUGUGCGAAACCACAUUCAGGUGCAUGAGAAACAGUAUUUGCAUAAUGUGACUGAUCUUGAGUUUGUAGUUCUGAAGGUUGAGGCUCCAGUCCAGGCACUGAUCGCAGCGGUGUACAGACCCCCCAGCUACAGUUUGAGGCGCUUCCUGGAAAACAUGCCACAGCAGAUUCUCCAUUCUGGUGUCAUGAGGACAUACUGGAGCUACCAUAACCCCGUGUUCUGCAUCGUUUCCACCAGUGAACCAUGAACAUGUCUGGUGAGUUUUAAAGACGACGUUCAUUUGAAAAACACUUUACUUUGUAUUUUGGUGUACAGAUCAGUGAAAAGUGUGCAAAAAUUUAAUAAAUCAUGAAUACAGAGAAAUCAUGGUACAGAGAAAUUAUGGAAACAGAAA